AUGUCCAACAUUAAACAAAUCCAUUCACUUCUGCUACUCUUCACUCUACUCCUUGCUGCACACGUAAUACAAGGAUCUAGAACUCAAGUAUUGUUUCCUUUCCAACAGGGGGCCUCUCAUUUGCAGGCCAGCAGCAGUGAAGCAGAAACGAAGAGGAGAAUGAUGAUUGGAUCCACAUGGCCUACAUGCACUUAUAAUGAAUGUAGAGGAUGCAAACACAGAUGUACAGCUGAGCAAGUUCCAGUUGAAGGGAACGACCCGAUGAAUAGUGCGUAUCACUACAAAUGCGUUUGCCAUAGCUCAUAA